AUGGCCGUGCCGGUGUUGGGCCCCUUGCGCACUGAGCUGGCUGAAGCCGUAGCCCAGGCGCGGGUCUUGGUGGUGGGAGCCGGCGGCAUCGGCUGCGAGCUCCUCAAGGACCUGGUGCUCACCGGCUUCAGCAACAUCGACGUGAUUGAUCUGGAUACUAUUGAUGUCAGCAACCUCAACAGGCAGUUUUUGUUCCAAAAGAAGCAUGUUGGAAGAUCAAAAGCACAGGUUGCCAAGGAAAGCGUGUUACAGUUUCAUCCAGAGGCUAACAUUACAGCUUACCAUGACAGCAUCAUGAACCCUGACUAUAACGUAGAGUUCUUCCGCCAGUUUACCUUGGUUAUGAAUGCUCUGGAUAACAGAGCUGCCCGUAACCAUGUGAACAGGAUGUGUCUGGCUGCUGAUGUUCCUCUGAUAGAGAGUGGAACCGCAGGCUACCUUGGACAAGUAACAGUUAUUAAGAAGGGAAUGACAGAAUGUUACGAAUGCCAUCCUAAGCCAACCCAGAAGACUUUUCCAGGCUGCACCAUUAGAAAUACACCAUCAGAACCUAUCCACUGCAUUGUGUGGGCUAAGUAUUUGUUCAACCAGUUGUUUGGAGAAGAAGAUGCUGACCAAGAAGUCUCUCCUGACAGAGCUGAUCCUGAAGCUGCCUGGGAGCCAGCAGAAGCAGAAGCCAGAGCACGAGCAUCCAAUGAGGAUGGUGAGAUCAAACGUGUUUCAACUAAGGAGUGGGCUAAAUCAACUGGAUAUGACCCAGUUAAACUGUUUACUAAGCUUUUCAAAGAUGACAUAAGAUAUCUGCUGACAAUGGAUAAGCUGUGGAGGAAGAGAAAGCCUCCAGUGCCGCUGGACUGGGCUGAGGUACAAAAGCAAGAGAAAAACACAGCUGACCAACAAAAUGAAUCCUCUGCAGUCUUGAAGGAUCAGCAGGUUCUGGAUGUCAAGAGCUAUGCACACUUAUUUUCAAAGAGUGUUGAAACCCUGAGACUUCACCUGGCUGAGAAGGGUGAUGGAGCAGAGCUCAUAUGGGACAAGGAUGACCCUUCUGCAAUGGAUUUUGUCACUUCUGCUGCCAAUCUCAGGAUGCAUGUUUUCAGUAUGAAUAUGAAGAGCAGAUUUGAUAUCAAGUCAAUGGCAGGAAAUAUUAUCCCAGCUAUAGCUACUACUAAUGCAGUCAUAGCUGGUCUGAUAGUGCUGGAGGGGUUGAAGAUUUUGUCAGGAAAAAUAGAUCAGUGUAGAACGAUUUUUCUGAACAAGCAGCCAAAUCCCAGGAAGAAGCUGUUAGUUCCUUGUGCUUUGGAUCCACCAAACCCCAACUGUUAUGUGUGUGCAAGUAAGCCAGAAGUGACUGUGAAACUGAAUGUGCACAAAGUUACUGUGCUCACACUCCAGGACAAGAUAGUGAAAGAAAAGUUUGCUAUGGUAGCACCAGAUGUACAAAUAGACGAUGGAAAAGGAACUAUUCUUAUCUCCUCAGAGGAAGGAGAAACAGAAGCAAACAACCACAGGAAAUUAUCAGACUUUGGAAUUCGAAAUGGCACUCGACUCCAAGCAGAUGAUUUCCUCCAGGACUAUACACUGUUAAUCAAUGUGCUGCAUAGUGAAGACCUAGAGAAAGAUGUAGAAUUUGAAGUUGUUGGUGAUACUCCUGAUGGCCCUAAACCAUCAGAACCCACAUCAAAGAACAUUACCAAUGGUAGUGAUGAUGGAGCACAGCCCUCAACAUCAACAGCUCCAGAGGAAGAGGAAGUAGUGUUUGUUGAAGAAAGUUCUUCAGGCAAGGCCGACGAUGACAAGGAGAACAAAAGCCGCAAGAGAAAGCUAGAAGAGAAAGAGGGCGUCGGGACAAAGAGAGCACGUGCUGAGCAGACAGAACAUGAUGAUGAUGAUGAAAUUAUAGCAUUAGACUGAGCAUGCAAAUGCCCCUUGACAAGAUGAUACAGAUUAUGGAAUUCAGUAACAGCAGAUUCUGUUGGGAUGUGAAAAAUGUCCAGAACUAGACUGAUAUUAAGGCCUUUGUUCUAAGCGAGUACCAAACUAAUUUGUGUCUGUUCCUCUUGAUGAUAAAGCUCUCAUCUCGAUAGACUCUUUCAGAAGCUUUUCCAUUAAUUCCAUAUAUUAAAUGUAGUAGAAACAUAGUUUAUAAAUACUCACAGAUAAGUAUUUGCUUAAACAGUCAUGAAAAGAAGCAUGUUGGUUUAGUGUAAAUACGUUUUAGGUAUAAUAAAAUAGGAGAAAAAAAAUCCCAACCCUACUCUUGUUCAGCAAAGGGUCAUCAUCUGAUGCCCAGAUUUUCAGUAACUACUUUUUUUUCUUCUUUUAAUUUUGUUUUGGUUUGGUUUAUUUUUUUGCUUGAAGCAAAAUCUUUUCUGCCUAGUCCUAAACAUUUUUCACACCCUGAACAAGCAAAAAAAAAAAAAAAUUCAAUAAAGAGGAGAAUCCAAUAAAGCAAAUUAGUGCCAUGUUUUAACAAUGUUGUCCAAGCUCAGCUGGCACUUUGUACAUUACUGUAAAACUGUUAUGAUUUCCUCAAGGUUUUCAGCUCGUACUGCCUGGUGUGUCAAUGUAAGAAGCAAAUUUUUGUGUAUUGUUACAGUUUCAGGUUAUUUAUAUUUGAUGUUUUGUAAACUCAAGAUACUCCUAUACUGUACAUCUGAUGGACCAAAUAAAUGACAUCUGAAAUACUUGCUACAUUUGCUUGCACAGUCCAAGUUGAUGCUGACUGGUGGGAUUUUACACUGUAUAGCCUUCCAAAAUGACUGUAUUAUUUUCAUUUUUCUAAACAUAACCUAGUAGUACAGAGCUUAAGCUUCACUUGUUUGAGGUGAAA